GAGAGAGAGAGAGAGAGAGGAAAUUGUACCUGUUCGGAGUAGCCUGUAACUCUGUAGUUCUUCUCCGAGCAACACAAGCAGGAGACUGCAGAAGUGGAUGAAGCUAACGCUCAACAAAGCGUGCGAUCUCAACUCCAUUUCCGUUCUCCCUCCACAAGCAAGACGCGGAAAUGCCGUGCAGAUGGGAUCCGAGUCGUCGAUCUUCGCGAAGAGCCAAGCAUCGUCGUCCCGGUUCGGGAAUUCAAUCGUCCCGCCGGCGAUGUCGCAGUCGCAGCAAUCUUUCUCUCAGGGACUGCCGCUCUCUCAACUCUCUCAGAGUUCUCUGGACGAGCUAACGGUGACGAACGAACAGAGGCUCGGUUCGCAAGACAGGGAGAACUCGGUGAAGAGGGCGCCUAGCUUAGCCCCUGGAUACGGUCUUGAAGAGGGUCAGUUGCAGUUGAGAUCUUCAACCAACAUGCUCAGAAGGUGGAACCCGCCGACGGCUUCUGAUAACAGAUUCUCCGAGGAACUUGAACGCAGGCUGGGGAUGAUGGAUACCACAUUGCACAGGCUGGGAAUGAUUCUCGACUCUGUUCAGGGAGACGUCAUGCAAAUAAACAAGGCAGUGAAAGAGGUUUGCCUUGAGGUCGAGGUAGUGCGGCAGAAGAUGAUGGCCCAAGAUAAUGCUCUGCAGCUGGUGCUCAAGGAAGAAGAAGCCAUCAAGGCCAGCAUAGAUGGAACAAUGAAGUCCAUACCUGAUGAACUACGGAAAGAAGCCAACCAACCUAAAUUGCAAGAGAUUGUCACCAAGCUCACAUCGAUGCCGGACUUCAUUGAAGCUCGUUUCUACAAGCUCAAAGCUGAACUAUGCUGCGCCUUCACUCAAGAAAUUCAGGCAAUCAAAGAAAAGAAAGAGAUGCAAUGCAGCAAGGAGCCUCCUCUGCUGAAUGAUCGUAGUGUGCUUCCUGCAAAAAAUGUGGCAUAUACUAACGCCAGCGGACGUAGAAGGCAACACCUACUCCAGCAAGGAAGUGGAGAGUUGCAUGGUUCUUUAACAAAUGCAGCAACAAAGAACUUGAAUUCGUCCAGGGUUGAGACUUGGACGAAGAAAGUUAAAGAGGAAGAACAACCAUCCGCCCCCGGCUCGGAGAAGGGAAAGUGGAACAUUAUCAUCGACUCUGACGACGACCUGGAGACCGAAUUCCCAAGCAUGUUCAGAGGAGAUGGAAAUGGAAGAUACUCCGUGGAGGAAGCUGACGAGGAGGCGCAGCGGAUCCUGAGAAGGGCGCGGAGGAGAAAAAGGAAACAUGAAAGCAAGGACUGGCACGAACGGGUGAUAUUAUUAUAAUGACCUCAAUAUUGGAUUUUUCUUCUGUGUGAUGUCGGCAUGGCCUUGUGGGGUCUUCGAUAGCGUCCCCUGGUGUACGCGUACACCAGGAAUUGUUAUCUUGGCUGUCCAUUUGCAUACAUGGAUGGGGAAGCUAGUGGUGCAUUCGGUGCACACCACUAGUUUUUGUAAUCCGACGCUUGUUACUACAUCUCAGCAUCUUUGAUCAGCUCCGCAUGGCUCACAACCGAUGGUUUCAAGCGCUCUGCGGUACUUUCUUUUUCUUCUUUCUCCACAAAUUUCGUCCUCU